AUGGUUGUCUUCGACGGCCACGAGUUCCAGACGGCCGAGGAAUCGAGGCUCAACGAGGAUCGCAAGCGCCAAAAGUACUGGAAGAAGUGGGUGCGCGAGGACUACAGUGCCGAUGGUGAUGCUUGGAGCCAUUUCCCCCACGAGCAUUCGAGAUCCCGCGCCUACCGAUGGGGUGAGGAUGGCAUUGCCGGUGUCUGCGACACCCACGGCUACCAGAACAUCGCCUUUGCUUUCUGGAACGGGCAGGACCCCUUUUUGAAGGAGCGUCUCUUUGGUUUGUCUAACCCUCAGGGCAACCAUGGCGAAAGUAUCAAGGAAGCCCAUUUCCAUCUGGAUAACACUCCUCAGCACUCGUACAUGAAAUAUCUCUACAAGUACCCUCAGAAGGCCUUCCCAUACGAGGACUUGCUCAAGGAGAAUGCCAAGCGAGGCAAGGAGGACAAGGAGUACCAGAUCCUCGACACGGGCAUCUUUGACGAGGACCGGUAUUGGGAUAUCUUCAUCGAGACCGCCAAGGAGGAUGACGAUCCGGAUGAGCUCCUCUUCCGUGUGACUGCGUGGAACAGAGGCCCAGACCCUGCACCGCUGCACAUUGUCCCUCAUGUGUGGUUCCGUAACACGUGGGCUUGGGGUCGCGAACCGCCUGAGAACAAGCCAGCUAUCGGGGUUGCUGAUGAGAAUCUUCUCAAGUCCAAGCAUCACAAACUCGGAGACCGCUAUGUCCUUCUCUCACCCUCGCCCGGCGUAGGACCCAGCGGGGAUGAUGUGCACCCCGAGUUCAUGUUCACUGAGAACGACACCAACUAUGAGCUGCUUUACAAGGGCAAAAAUGAGCAGCCAUAUGUCAAGGACGCUUUCCAUAGGUACAUCGUCGAUGGCGAGAAGGGUGCUAUCAACCCGGCCCAGACGGGAACCAAGGCUGCCGCAUGGUACUCUUUCAACGAAGGCGGCGGUGUGGGCCCUGGAGAGUGCGCCGUUGUCCGUUUCCGAUUCUCCAGGAAGCCUGAGACCUACCUCGAUGAAGAGGAGUUUGAUGACCUGAUCGAGAAGAGGAGAGAAGAGGCCGAUGACUUUUACUACCACAUUAGCCCUCUGCCCAUGGCCGAUGAUCUUCGCAAUAUUCAGCGCCAGGCUUUUGCCGGCAUGAUGUGGUGCAAGCAGCAUUACCUCUUCAUCUGGGAGGAAUGGGCCAACGGUGACCCCAGCCAGCCUCCCCCACCCGAGUCUCGCAAGGGCAUACGCAAUUCUGCGUGGAAGCACCUUUACUGUGACGAUAUUCUAUCCAUGCCCGAUUCUUGGGAAUAUCCUUUCUUUGCUGCAUGGGAUACAAGUUUCCACUGCAUCACCUUGGCCAUGAUCGACCCCGAGUUCGCCAAGAAACAGCUCGAUCUGUUUACCCGCGAGUGGUACUGCCAUCCCAACGGCCAGCUGCCUGCGUACGAGUGGAACUUUGGCGAUGUCAACCCUCCUGUUCACGCUUGGGCUACGUUCCGUACUUUCAAGAUCGAGCGCAAGCUGUAUGGGAGGCAGGAUCUCGACUUCCUCGAGAGAGUCUUUCAGAAGCUGUUGCUGAACUUCACUUGGUGGGUCAACCGCAAGGAUGUUGAGGGCAAGAACGUCUUCGAAGGUGGUUUCUUGGGGCUGGACAACAUUGGUUUGUUCAACCGUUCUGAGCCCCUUCCUACGGGCGGUACUCUUGAGCAGGCUGACAGCACUGGUUGGAUGGGCUUUUACUGCCUGAACAUGCUCAAUAUUGCCCUCGAGCUCGCCAAGCACCGCCGUAUCUACGAAGAUAUUGCCAGCAAGUUCUUUGAGCACUUCAUCCUCAUCAGUGAUGCCAUGACCUGGAGAAUGGGCCAAAAGGAGGAGCAGUCCCUGUGGAACGAGCAGGACGGCUUCUACUAUGAUGCCAUCUCGUGGGGUGGCCCCUGGAUUCAGCAGCUGCCCGUGAGGUCGCUUGUUGGCUUGAUUCCGCUUUAUGCGACCUUGACCUUGGAGCCUGAGCUCCUCAACAGACUUCCCUCCUUCAAGAAGCGCGUGGAGUGGUUCAUGAACAACAGGUGCGACGUGGCUGAAAGGACCAUGCACAGUAUCCGCAAGCGUGGUAAAGGUGACAGGAUUUUGCUGUCCCUUGUCAACAAGGAAAGAUUGCUCAAGAUCUGCGAGCGCAUGCUGGACGAGGACGAGUUCUUCAGUCCCUACGGCAUCCGGUCGCUCUCCAAGUAUCAUAAGGAGCACCCUUACUCCAUGGACGUCAACGGUCAGACCUUCAAGGUCGGCUAUGUUCCCGGUGACUCGGACAGUGGCCUUUUCGGUGGCAACAGCAACUGGAGAGGGCCUAUCUGGCUCUGCGUCAAUUUCCUGCUCGUGGAGUCGCUGCAGAGGUUCUAUCUCUUCUUCGGACAAGACUUGCAGGUGGAGUGCCCAACCGGUUCGGGCGAUUUCAUGCACUUGGGACAUGUGUCUGAGGAGAUCCAGCACCGUCUGCAACACAUGUUUGCCCGCCAUGACGAUGGGCGCCGGAGUAUCAACGGCAACAAUGAUAUUCUGGACUUCGACCCCAACUGGAGGGAUUAUCUUUGGUUUUAUGAAUUUUUUGACGGAGACUCUGGGCGGGGUCUGGGAGCUACGCAUCAGUGUGGCUGGACGGGUUUGAUUGCCAGGAUGAUUCACGAUACUGGUGUCAACUGCCGCCUCCCGCAAACUCCUCGCACCCCGUCCGCCGGCAUGGCGCACUACUUCGACGACAUCCUCCAUCGCCACCUCGGCGGUGCCCAAACGCCCCGCACACCGAUGCUCUCCCCUCGCCUCCGUCGUUCCUCCACCAGCCGUUCCAUCGCCGCCCGCAGCGAUUUCGACCUUAAUGACCUCAACGGCUACGACGACGAGGCGGGCGGAGGAUUCCCGGCCAGGAAGGGAUCCAUGGCCGCUCCAGGCAUGGGUCAAAAUGGAACCAACGGUUUGACUCUGAGCCAGAAAUUGAAGGGCAGAGAGGAGGAUGAGAAGCACUUGCAUGCGUAUAUUCACCAGCAGCUGGAAAAGGUGAGGCUGGAGAGGGGGGCGGAUGGGUACUCGCAGGGUGAUGAAUUCGAGGCUCAUGCCAAUGAAUAAAAGUU